GAAACUCUUCCAACCACCAAGAUGGCUCAGACCAACCCUAUGCCAGGGUCCAUGGGGCCAUGGAAGAUAACCAUCUAUGAUCAGGAGAACUUCCAGGGCAAGCGGAUGGAGUUCACCAGCUCCUGCCCAAAUGUUUCUGAGCGUAGUUUUGAUAAUGUCCGGUCCCUCAAGGUGGAGUGUGGCGC